GUUCCAAAUAGUUCAGGAGAGGCCACCGCCGACCAUCACCCUCCGAAAGUGGAAAUAAUUGUAUGUUGUACCGGUGAUAGUGUAGGCGUAACGGGAAGAUAGUUAUUUCACAAGCUAAGAACUACGUCGUCUACGACGUCGACAGACCAAUAACAUUGAUGAAGACCACUCCAUAGAGGUUAAGAAAGUAGCGUCUACAACAAAGGUAAAGAAUUCAUUCAAAAAUGGUAGCUGUCCACAAGGAGCGCGCGCGUGGGGGAAAACACGCGCUGAAGGAUGCUGCCGUUGAUAUGGUCGGAAACUGGUUGAGGAAUCAAGCAAAAACGGAUGCUCCGAAAGCUGAAGCACCCGAGUAUUCUCCCGAGGGCUUGAAAACUCAGACGGUUCAGCGCCUUUGGGAGGGUUACGGUGCUAUUGUCCGGGUGUCGCUUCCUCCGGCAAUUACGGCAUUCUUGCAUACAGGCGGAGCUUUAGAAAAUGUAUCCACAGUCGUGCUAAAGUGCAUUCAGCCACCGGUACUAGGCAACUCGACAUCGGAUGUUCUUAACCCGCCGUCCCUGUCACACCAGCGCAAACUGAAGUCGUAUCAGGUCGAGGCUAAUUUUUACGAACACUUCCUACCGAAGCUAGACCUACGCCGCGUCCGCGUUCCGCGCCUUUUGCACCGCGACUGUUCAACAUCCGACAGCACGUCCUUGGGUUUCAUCCUGGAAGACCUAGAUGCUGCCGGCUUUCCUGAGAGAAAGCACUCCCUUUCUGCUCGCACCGUUCGCCCGGUUCUCACUUGGUUGGCACGGUUUCACAAAACCUUCCUGUACUGUGACACUGACCAGCGGAGCACUGGCAGCAGGACAAAUAGCAAUGUGGUAAGUAGCAACUCAGUGGCGCAAGCUUUGAUAUGGCCCGAGGGUUGCUACUGGCACCUAGACACCCGUCCGGACGAGUUCCAGCGGAUCUCGCCGAAAGACAGCCCGUUGCGCCGGUACGCGGGAAGCUUCGACGAAAAGUUGAAGGCUGCAAAAUGGAAAACGGUGGUGCAUGGGGAUGCAAAAAUCGAGAAUUUUUGCUUUCCGCCAACAAACGGAGCCGCCCCGGCUGAGACAGACGUGGCUGCAGUGGACUUUCAGUACACGGGAUUCGGUGUGGGAGUCCGAGACGUCGCGUACUGCCUGGGCGGUUGGGGAUUGUCGGAAAGUGAGAUGGAAAAGAGCGCGGAGGAGCUGCUUGAUUUCUACUUUGCAGAACUCAAAACCUACCAGCCACGGACGAUGACAGUACUACGCGAAACAUGCGAGGAGAAUGGGGGAGAAGUAGCUGGAGAUUCUCGUGCGAAAAAAGACACCAUUGAUCAUCACGAUCAAGAUUUUCUCGCAGAAGUGGAAGCUGAGUGGCGCGAGUUGUGGCCAGUGUGCUUCGCCGAUUUCGAGCGGUUUUUGGCGGGCUGGGCUUCAGGCCAUGAUUGGAAAAGAAGUGGCCGCUACACGGUUCGUAUGGUUGAGAAAGCGAUCCAAAUGGUUCAAGGAAAUAGCUUGAAUGCGAACUCUUGCUCUUCAUGAAAUUUACUGAGCUGCGAACUCAACACUUUCAUCAUCUGGUUCAAAACGACGAAUGAGCGUAGCGAGCGGCGCACGACUUCUCGU